GAAACUUACACUCAAGCGGAGUUGUAAAUAGUGGUUCGAGUUGUUGGCUCGUACUCAAACUGUAGAAAAAUGUAAAAAGUCGACUAAAAACAUAUAUCUAUAUACACACAUAUAAAUAUUUGUUUGCCUGCAAAAUUAUUUUCAACUUUAAUUUCAACGAAACGAAAAUACAAACAAACAAACAAAAUCGAAAAACAACCAAACGGGUUAAAGCUUGCAUGUAGACCUUAGAACCACGUAGAAAACGACAAGGAAACUAUUAAGAAACGAAAUAAACUAAAAAUUAAAUAGGGAAUCGGGAAGAAGUUGCAGCUAAUUUCUGGUUCGUAUAACUCCAUUAGAAGGCGAUUAGCAUAUUGAAGGACGAAGGAUAAGGCGGGAAAACCCGCUGCAGUGGCUGAAGUGCCAACGAUAAUUCAAUCAAAGGGCAGGAAAAGUUGCCCGGGAAACUGCUUCUGGUAGAGAAAACUAGAAAACUUCAUCAAAACACUCGGAUAAAGUGGAAAACGUGUGCGUGCGCGUGUGAAAAACUUUUAGCAUCAGGCCGAGGGGUUUAAUUUCGAUACUUUACAAGUUCCGCCGGCCAGCUGGAAAUGUCCAUCUCCAUGGACCAUCAUCGUCAUCGCCAUCACCUCAGCAUGUGGCCGACAUUCGCCGUCUGUCUGCUCCUUUUGCAGGCCACCACCAGCACCAUGGCCAUCGAUUUGAGCCGUCUGUAUGGACACAUGGCCAAUCCCAUCGUGAAGCGGAGCGAAGCCUGUCAUCCCUACGAGCCCUUCAAGUGUCCCGGAGAUGGUAAUUGCAUUUCCAUCCAAUAUUUAUGCGAUGGUGCACCCGAUUGCUCUGACGGAUAUGAUGAGGAUAUGCGUCUGUGUACGGCUGCCAAGAGGCCGCCGGUCGAGGAGACUGCAUCCUUCCUCCAGAGCCUGAUCGCCUCGCACGGACCCAAUUACCUGGAAAAACUUUUCGGCAGCAAGGCACGUGAUGCCCUUUCACCUCUGGGCGGUGUGGACAAGGUCGCCAUCGCUUUGAGUGAGUCGCAAACGAUUGAGGACUUUGGCGCUGCCCUUCAUCUAAUGAGAUCUGACUUGGAACACUUGCGCUCGGUUUUCAUGGCGGUGGAGAACGGGGAUCUGGGCAUGCUUAAGUCACUCGGAAUAAAGGAUUCGGAGCUGGGCGAUGUGAAGUUCUUCUUGGAGAAGCUGGUCAACACCGGCUUCCUCGACUGAGUAGCGCCAGAUCCGGCUUCUGGAUUUUAUUACGCACACGCACAGCCCAUCAAUCCUAAUUUCUAUUCGUAUUUGGGAACGCCCUACGAUAAUUACAAUUAUUAAGUGCGAACUACACAGAUACACACGUACCUACACUCAUCUUCCGCUUACAGAAAAACUCCCCAAAACCCACUCCAUUCCAGCCAAAAGAUAUUUUCUCAAACUCUAUUUUUGAGUAUGAUUUUGCUUUCCAAAAACCUUUUUAAACCAUUUUUAGUUUACUUAUUUUCAUUUUCCAAACACUUUUAUAUAAAAACAAAAAUCAAGCAUACCAAAAACGAAAAAAAAUUGCAAAAGACCACGAAAAAGCUACAAAAAAAUAAAGGCGCGAAGAGAAAAUACAUUAUAUGCAAGAACAAACCAAAUUUCGAUCACAAAUCGGCUACAAUCUACCGAAAAACAAAUCUUAAGCUUUCUUCCAACUUUCUGCGCUCUUUCCUAGACUUUCUUGAUAUGUUGCGUUUCUAUCGCGAUCUAUAUUUAUUUUGAGAAAAUCUAUGCGCAAAUUUCAGAACAUUGCAGAAAAUCUUCAUAAGAACUAAAAAAAUAAAAUGUGGAAGCAGGAUCGUUUGGCAAAAUAUUAAAAGAGAAAAGAGAAAACAAAAACUUAAAAAAAAAAACAAAAAUAUUAAUGUUUAUAUAACGAACUUUUUCUGAACCAUAUAAAUGUAUACAGAUAAUGAACAUUUUUAUUGUAAAGUGUUUCAAGGCUUCUUAGACCCGUCACUUAUGGUAUUCACACCAAAGUCCCUACAAACAAUGAAUGCAAAACCGCAACCGAGGCUAUCAGUAAAGAACCUUCCAACCACUUUCUUACGUACUAGCCCAGUACACUUAUCUUCUUUCGAUAACCGUCUAUUAAUAAUAUACUAUGAAAUACGGAAUAUUUGUUUAGUUCUAGUCAGUAAAUGUAGCGAAAGCCCUGCAGCUAUUGUUGUUUCCAGUAGAUGAAAAUCUUCAAUGUUUCAAAUAUAAUAAUGAAAUCAAUUAAUAAACUUAACUCACAUUAUCAUAGGAACUAAAAUGUCUAUGUCGAGCUACUGUGCAGAAGUAAAAUAAUUGGUCUGAGUUGCAUAAUUCACGGAACGUUUUGUGUGUCUAAAAAAUAUCAAUGAGAAAUCUCAAGUUAUAUAUUCAAAGCAAGUAAUUAUAAAGCCUAACCUUAAUUUGGAAAUAAUACACACAACUUUACUCAAUUCUCAACAUAUAUAUAUUUCUUAGACAAAAAAAAACACACAAAAGCAAAUUGUAACCAAAAUGAGAUUCUCACCUUUUGAGGGCCAGUUUCACUUUGCCAAAGAACAAAAACUGACCCAAACAAUUGGAAUAUAAUCUAAGCGAAACCAGAAACUGGCCCUCAAAUUACAAAAACAACACACAAAAUCUUACUUACUAGUCUAAGAUUCUCUAAUUCAAACAUUCUUCAAACGGAGCACGGAAUUGUUGACCAGAUAGCGUGACAAGUAACUAAAACGAAUAGAAAUCAGAGGAGAAAUUAAGAACCCAACGUUAAAGGAAAUUUCUUUAGAUAAAACCGAAAAUUUAAUGGAGUUAUAAGUACCUUGAAUUAGCUGAUAGAUCAUACAACAACUACAGCAAAGUAAACUAUAAUUAUUUACUUAAAUGAAAAGAAACAAAAAAAUCAUUUUAAUUAUAUAGUCGUCUAUUUGAAAAAUAUAUUUAUGAAUAAAUAUUUAUUCGAAUGUAACUUAAACAAGUCAAGAGUAUUGUUAAAUGAAUGAAAAUGAAAAUGAACAGAAACUGAUCCAUUGAACUAUAUAUAUAUAUAGGUAUAUGAUAUAAAUGAAGGAAGUGAGGAAAUGCCCCAUGUAAAUAAAGGAGACAAACUACUUAUUCCAUAAUUGAUGCAAAUGAAAUGGAUAAACCAACCACGAAAAACAAAAAAAAACAACAAAGUGAUAAUUUGUUUUUUGGGUUCCAUCAAAACAUAUUCACCUGUACAUUUAAAAUAAUUUAAAUAUCUUAAAAAAAGCCUGAAAAUCUAAAAAAAAAUGUUUUUUUCUCUGUGAAUAUUUUUUAAAAACUUAAUAUACAAAUGCUAUACAAAACAUAGACAUUUUCUAAUUAUAAGCCACAAAACUUAUAUCGCAUACAUAUCAGCAGAUCUCUUGCUAAAGAAGAAACCAAACUGCAAAGUUACAAACACACGAGAAUCUAUGAAACACAAAAUAUAUGCAACAUAUCAAUUAAACAAAACAUAUCAAAUAUGAGAACGAAAAUAAAGUUGAAAUUAAAUAUCGUUAAGAGAAAUUUAUGAAAAGAUAUACAUGGGUAAACACACCAAAGAUAAUUUGUAAAUGUUAUUUUAUUAUUCUUAUUUAAAUAUUUCGUUUUUAUUGGUUUUUUAUUUAUUCAAUUGUUACUUGUUUCAGGGUUUUAAUACCAAAACUGACCCAUUGAACUCUUAAAACGCUGAAACAAUUUAGCAAUAUAUAACAAUGUUUAUUCAAAACAAAACAAACAAGCUUCGUACAAAUAAAAUUCAAAAUAAUUUUUGGUUUUUAGGUUACCAACAUUUCUUUUUAGUUUUAAUUGUAUUUUAAGUUGCUUGAGAUUUUACAAACUAACAAAACCACCAAUAAACAAAAUACACAAGAAAUAGUUGAAAUAUAUUUAAAUGAAACGAGCAAACGAAACAUAUCAGUUACUGAAAAUCGUAGCAAACAAAUACUCCAGCAACAAGAGACAAAUUGCUCUUCAAAAAUCAAACAAAAAAAUGCUAAAUAAAACUAUUUGCAAUACAAAAAUAAACAUUUAAAGUUUGAAUUAAAUACAGAUGAGAGAAUUCGAGUAUUAUGAUGAAAAACGCACGACGAGCAAAACGAAUAUAUGUGUAAAUGCAUAAUAAUUAGAAUUGCAGAAAUACCAUACAGAAAGAGACGAAAAGAAAUUUAAAUAAAAUUUUUAACAUUC